UUAGUGUUGAAUGUUCUUUUCGAGUGAAUACAUGUAUUUAUUGCUAGCGUCUACUAUUACAGUUUGUAGCCAUUAUUAUUUUUUAAAAAAUGUCACAUUUGUGCUAUAUUUGCAAUAAACUUUUGACGGAAGGAGAAACUGUUACAGUUAUUUGUGAAAUGAAAACUUUGAUCAAUGCAAGUAUCAAAAGAGGUGAUGAGUUUGUUGAUUAUCUGAGAAGUGAAACGUCUGUAACAAUUCACGUGGAUUGCCGAAAAUCAUACACCCGGAAAAGUUCAAUUGCUGCUAUCAAAAGACAACAUGAGGAUGGACAAGCUAGUACAUCAAAAUCAUUAGAAAAAUUGCUUGACCAUGCUUACGCGAGGGCAGUUCGAGCUCACACAUUACUUCAGCUCACUUUAGCAAUAUUAAUAUCUAAAGAACUAGUUCUUGAUGACGUGAUGGAUGCAAAUCUUAUUAUUACUGUUGAAAAUAUUAUAAAUAACACUCUUUCAUACUAUGAUAUUGUAGAAGAUGACGAAACAGCUGGACAAUUACUUCAUCGGUUCAAUCAGAAACUAAAGGAAUAUCAAAAACGAGGACCUACAGCACAAUUGAGGAUAUAUUUUCGGAUGGUGUCCAUUGCAAAGGGUGAUUGGCAAGCUCAUUUGAACAGCGUUAAAGAAAUGCUUCCUUAUUUCCAUGCAUCAGGGCAUUUACCUUAUGCUAAGUCAGCACACUUGUAUUUGCAAGAUAUGCUUCAAUUAGGGGAGGUUAUUGAUUCUAGUGUUUAUCAAAGAUUCACAGAAGGAUUUUUUACAGUUCGAUGUUCUGAUAAAUUAAGUUGUGGAACUUCGAUGGACAUGAUAAUCUAUGAUGAAAUCGAUGAAGACAGAUGGAUGUAUUUCACGGGGCAGAAGCGCGAAAGAAAGUAUGAUUAUCACUCAGAAUCAGAACAAGACGACCCAUAUCAUACCGAAGAAGAUGAAGAAUUUCUUCCAAGAAGUAGCUCAUUACAUGAAAACUCAUCGGAAAACUCAGAACAAUCGAAAACUGAAAUUCAGUCUAUUCAAAAUAUUUAUGUUACACCCAAAAGAACAAGGAAAAGACACAUAUGCGAUCCUGAAUGGAAAAUAAAUAAAAAGACGAAGCUUAGAAUUUAG